ACUUCAGAUGUGUUUUCAAGUUUAUGCUAAGCAAAUUAUUUACAGGUUUUUAUUUACAGGAGAACGGCGGAUACGUUUUGAUAUCAGCGUGUUGUUAUGUAUGUAAAUAUAAAUUUAGACAAAGGACUAUUUGUUUCUAGGACCUUAUAACACACUUAUCAUCAUUCAUCCUCAAUCGUAGUGUUUUAUAAAUUUUAUUAUAAUAUUAAUGACACAAAACAUCGUGAAGUAUAAAAGGUGACAAACGUAACGUUAAACAUGAUGCAAAGUUUGAAAUUAACAUGUGUAGUUCUAGCAUUAACUAUCAUAUUAUCGGUCGUCCAGUCGAAAAAUAUUACGAAAGGGAGUGGUUGUUAUUACAAGGGGUCAUUUCACCAUGGUAACUGGUCAGAUGGCUGUGAGUUCACAUGCACUUGUCUAAAUAUAGAUACAGGCCAUUACAAAUGUAAAACACGAUGUCCAGUAUAUCAUCAAUUACCACAUGGUUGCGUGUUGAAGUUACCUAUUGGCGAGGAAUGCUGCCGUCAACCGGACUGUAGUGCCGUCACAGUGCCAUAUACAAUCAUUACCGGCGGUAAUAACGGAAGUUACAAUAAAGCACCACAAACAGUAAUAACAGUAACACUAGUGAUAACGGAAAUAAUAACAAAAAUAAUGAAAAAAAUAACAUCAGUGGUAAUAAUGAAAACAAUAAAAAUGAUAACAAUAGUGAUACCGGAGUUAACAGGAAUAAUAAUGGAACAAAAGAUGGAAACAAUAAUAAUACAAGUAACAUGAACGACCAUCAUAUUAACAAAAUCAAUAAUACGUCCGACAGCAGCGAUGUCAGAAUGUCAAAUGUUAGUAACAAUAGUGAUAUCAGUACCACUUCUAACAGUAGCGACUAUAUCAACAACAAUAACACCAACCAAAACAACAGUGUCAGCAAUGAUUAUCCUAAUUAUAAAGUUUUAACCACAACAAGCGCAUCCAACGUGAAAACGUCUGUA